GCAGGGGCAGCUUUUACCCACAGACACUCCGGAGCAGAAGGACGCAGGACUGAGGAGCAGCUCUCGGUGUCCACUUGUUCUCCGCUUGCUCUUAUCAAUUCAAGGUUUCCUCUCCUAUUUUUUGUGUGUGUGUGUGUGUGUGUGUGUUGGAGUCUUGCAAACAUGGGCUCUGUGCUACCCGCCGACACUCUGGCUCUCAAGUCUGGAUUUAAGUGUCCGAGCCGCUCGCUGUCGGACGUGAUCACCUCGGACAUCCUGCACAGCUUCUUGUACGGCAGGUGGAGGAACGUGCUGGGCGAACACCUGGCGGAGGAGCGGCAGAGCGGCAGCAGCCCCAAGACCGCCUUCACCGCCGAAGUGCUGGCUCAGUCUUUCGCUGGAGAGGUGCAGAAGCUGUCCAGCCUGGUGCUGCCCAGUGAAGUGAUCAUCGCCCAAAGCUCAAUCCCUGGAGAAGGUCUGGGCAUCUUCUCAAAGACUUGGAUCAAAGCAGGAACCGAGAUGGGCCCUUUCACAGGGAGAGUCCUGUCCCCUGAACACGUGGACCUGCUCAAGAAUAACAACCUCAUGUGGGAGGUUUUCAAUGAAGACGGCACUGUGCGCUACUUCAUCGAUGCCAGCCAGGAGGAUCAGCGCAGCUGGAUGACUUACAUAAAGUGCGCCCGGAACGAACAGGAGCAAAACCUGGAGGUGGUGCAGAUCGGCAGCAGCAUCUUCUACAAGGCGGUGGAGACCAUCCCGCCGGACCAGGAGCUUCUAGUCUGGUAUGGAAACACUCACAACACAUUCCUGGGAAUCCCUGGAGUUCCAGGAAUAGAUGAAGAACAGCAGAAGAAAAGCAGGAGUGAUGACACCCACCCCUGUGAAGGCCCUCCCUCUUGCUCCCCCCCUUCCUCCAUCUCAGCCGGUCGCAUGCGGUGCGUAAUCUGCCACCGCGGCUUCAACUCCCGCAGCAACCUGCGCUCCCACAUGCGCAUCCACACUCUGGACAAGCCCUUCGUCUGCCGCUUCUGCAACCGCCGCUUCAGCCAGUCGUCCACGCUCCGGAACCACGUCCGCCUGCACACCGGCGAGCGGCCCUACAAGUGUCACGUCUGUCAGAGCGCCUACUCGCAGCUGGCGGGCCUAAGGGCGCACCAGAAGAGCGCACGGCACAAACCGGUGGUGCACGCCUCUGACGUGCCAUCCCAAGUGUCCCCUCCCCCACCACAGAUGACGGCCAUCCCUCACCAGCACCAGAUGCCCAUGGUGCACCACAUCCCCACCAUGGUGUUAUGAUGGCAGAAACACUGAGGGACAGUAAGGCAUGGACAACGUUGCACUUUAGAUUAUAGCUCUAUAGAAGGGAGAUCCUGAUGAGACAGGCCCUCAUUAAGGAAAUAAAUGAGUUGAUGUGAUUGUAAAACAUCGAACAAAGACAUUUAAAUGUGUUGCCUUAUUUGUAUCGCGUGUUUUCCUUGGUCAUCAUGUGAUCAGAAUUCCAGCAGAAAUAUGUUUUAAUGAUUGUCUGUGUUUUGGAAAGUUGAAACAUCCUGAAAAACAACUCAAGACUUUACAAAUAAUUUGUCAUUAACGCUUCUCUGUGUAAACAGGUGUCACACAUCACUGCAAAUGUGAGCCUUUUUUUAAUACAUUUCUUUAACUUUUGCAUCACAUCCUCACCAGCUCAGGUGAACAAGUUCUUUCAAACAGCAGUUUAUACAGUUAGUAGAAGCUAAGGGAUGUGGCCCCCGGUGUACAUUGUUUGAGCUGCAUCGUUCCACACUGUAAACUGAAAUUGUCACUUUAACCUUGCACAGACUGUAUACUACUACACUAUUGUGUAAUUGUAAAAUUGUAUUGUAUGCUACUGUACAUGUGAAUGUAAAUACAUUUGUGCUUUCUUCUAUUCUAAAUAAAUAUGAUAUGAUAUUA